AUGGGAUAUAUCACACCAGAAUUCAGCAAGUGGCCAGGCUACCUCUCCCCAACUUUGGGAAUCAAGUUUGCCGACGUUCCGAAUGGCCUUGCAGCCAUUUCCAAAGUUCCGAUUUCCGGCUGGACCCAGAUCCUUUUGUGGAUGGCGUAUUGCGAGACAUCUCAGGACCAGUCUCCGGGCACCCCGGGUGCUGCAGGCGAUUUCGGAUGGAAGGUGCUGACUUCCGACGAUGCUGAGACCAAGACGAAGAAGCUCGCAGCGGAGCUUGCCAACGGAAGGCUGGCGAUGAUGGCCAUCAUCGGAAUGUUCUUUCAGGAUGGCCUGACCGGAAGCGCGUGGGGCGACUGGGCCAACUACACCGCCUCGCCUCUGCGUGCAUUCGAGAACGAGCUCGGAGUGCAAGACCCUGUUGGAUUUUGGGAUCCCGCUGGGUUCACCGCAGAUGGCAGCGUGGAGAACUUCAAGCGCCGCCGCCAGACCGAGCUGAAGCACGGAAGAAUUUCCAUGCUCGCGACAAUGGGAUACAUCACUCCGGAGAUCACGGGCAAGUUCCCUGGUUAUCUUUCCCCAAGCGCUGGCCUUAAAUUUGCGGACGUCCCCAACGGCCUCGCUGCGAUUUCCAAGAUUCUCGCCUACAUGGCAUUCUGCGAGGUUUCUCAGGACCAGUCUCCCGGCACCCCAGCGACAGCGGGCGACUUCGGCUUCAAG